CACACGGCGACAAACAAUUAUCUCUUUCCACAUAAGAGAUGUAUUCUCUUUUCAAUUACUUUUAAAUUACUUUCUCAUUUACUCCCACCGUUCUUCUGCCAUUUUCCACCUCAGUUUUACCAUUGGGUUGCUCUUAACCAUGCUAAACACUAUCUAAAUAAAAAAGUCACAAAACAAUCGCUAGCGUCUAGUUAAGGACAUUUAGCCCCAGCUAGCCACAACUUGCUCGACUGUUAAAAGGCAGCUACUACCACAUUCUCCCUCAGCGCUCGCCAUGUCCAGCCGUGGAUCUCGAGGAGGCCCGCCUCGCGGCGGUGGUGGAGGUGACCGGGGCAGAGGCCGUGGCCAGUCUCAAGAUCAUCCUUUCCGCGAUUCCAGUCGUGGCCGUGGGGGUGGGGGUGGAGACCGAGGCGAUCGUGGGGGAGGAAGAGGGGAAUUCCGAGGUGGUAGAGGUGAUCGUGGAGGCGGUAGAGGUGAUUUCAGGGGGGGCAGAGGUGACCGUGGAGGUGGUAGAGGUGAUUUCAGGGGAGGCCGGGGCGAUUUUAGAGGAGCCAGGGGCGACUUCAGAGGUGGUCGUGGCCGUGGAGGCGGUAGAACUCCAGCGAGAGUAUACGAAGCUGAAGGGGGCGCUCCUCCCGUUUCUCAAGCUGUUACAAACCUUGAAGAUAAGAUCGCAAACAACAUCAUUGAAGCGAAACAGAAACCUAGCGGUGGUACCAAGAAAGUUGCAGCCAGUAAGCAAAAGAGCGACAAACCCGAGCCUGGUGACAAAACUAUAGAGUUCCCUGAGCGUCCUGGAUACGGAACUGUGGGAGAGCAGAUUAAACUCUAUACAAACUACAUGGAGCUAGCCUGUAACUGGGGCAACCAGGCUCUAUAUAGAUACGAAGUCUCUGUUACUGAUGCAAGAGGUCAGGAGGAAAAGUCUAAAAAAAAGAAACAAAUUAUUCGAUUACUUCUUGAACAGCAUUUCGGUCCACAGAAACUCGACAUUGCCAGCGAUUUCAAAUCGACUUUGAUAUCCCGUGAAGCGCUUACGACUGUCGAGAAUGAAGAGCUGAAAGAGAUCGACAGUACAGGCACGUUGUUUCCUGUUCGCUACAAAGCAGAGGAGGAUGAUGAAUACCGAGACAACCCGCUUGUUUAUGCUGUGACCGUCAAAUACACGGGAUCUCUUUUUUUGAAAGAACUUGUUGAUUAUAUUGGUUCAUCCGUAGCAACAGAGUACUUGAAAGAGAAGGCUGAACUCAUCCAGGCCCUGAAUAUCAUUGUGGGACAUAAUCCGAAAUCACGUCUCGAUGUGGCCACUGUCGGUGGAAACAAGCAUUUCAGCCUUCUGCCAUCAUCAGAAGAGUUCUUCAAUCUUGGAGGUGGUCUCCAAGUUGUCCGAGGGUUCCUUACUAGCGUUCGAGCAGCGACGUCUAGACUGCUUAUAAAUGUCCAGGUUAAGAACAUCGCCUGUUACCAGGCUGGUGAGUUGUCGCGUGUGAUCGAAAGCACUCAUAUGAGUGGCCGUAACUUGGAACGCUUCCUCAAGACCAUCCGGAUUCAGCUCAACCAUCUUCAAAGCAGAAGCAGCUCCGGCAGAGCUUCAAAGCCUCGUGUAAAGAGUGUCAACGGCUUUGCUAUGCCGCAAGAUGGGCCUAAUCUGGAAAACCCCCCACGGGUAAAGGGCUACGCCGCUGGCCCGUACGAUGUCGAGUUCUGGCGCGAAGGGAAAGAACCGGCUAAGGCACCAAGCGGUGAUAGUAAGAGCAAGAAAGGGAAGAAAAAACCUACAGACGGACCACCAACUGCUGGGGCUUACAUCAGCGUAGCAAAGUACUUCAAAGAGGUAUACGGACUUGAUGUCGAUCGUAAAUGGCCCGUGAUCAACGUUGGAUCGCGCCAGAACCCUUCUUACGUACCAGUUGACGUCUGCGCAGUCACGGCAGGGCAGCCUGCGAACAAGAAACUGACGCCCGACCAAACAGCAAGUAUGAUCAAAUUCGCCGUCCGCUCGCCAGGAGAGAAUGCCGAAUCGAUUGUAAAACAAGGCACACAACUUCUGGGUUUUGGCCCUAGACCCAAUGAUACUCUCGCUAGAUUUGGGCUCCUGCCGAACUCCAGCCUCAUCACAGUUACGGGUCAUAUACUGAAAGCCCCGUCUAUUAGUUACAAGACGGCUAAAGGCGAUGGAUCUAACGUGAUACCCAAAGGCGCUAGUUGGAAUAUGAUAAACAUUAAAUUUCACAAUUCCAAAAGUCUGGGUCGCUGGAGCUACUUGGUGGUAGACGCUGCAGUAUGUCAGAGAUUUUGGAACUCCCCCAGUGCUUUGGCUCAGUCGAUAAGAGAUUUCACGAGCAAGCUAAAAGAGGUGGGCAUCACAAACGUCGAGAUGCCUACGGCUCCGCAAUCCUUGUAUUUCGAAGGGCAGCGGUUUGAUGAAACAACGCUCCGGGAAUGUCUUUCAUCUCUUGCUACAAAAAACCUAAACUUUCUUCUGGUGAUCUUACCUAGGCGCGACACAGAGAUAUACAACGCUAUUAAAUUCAACUGCGAUGUGCGAUUUGGAAUUCGCCAUGCUUGUGUUGUUGCGGAGAAGUUUGCCAAAGACAACAAUCACCAGUACAAUGCAAACGAGGCUUUGAAAAUCAACCUCAAACUGGGCGGUACUAACCAACUGCUCGGAAAUAAUCAGCUUGGUAUCAUUGACGAAGGAAACACCAUGCUCGUCGGUAUCGAUGUGACACACCCGUCCCCAGGCUCGGUCGACCGUGCUCCUAGUAUCGCGGCCAUGGUGGCUUCUGUUGACAAAUUCCUCGGCCAGUUCCCAGCUGAGCUCCGAGUCCAAAGGGGUAAACAAGAGAAGGUCGAUGCUCUAGACAGUCUCCUUGCCUCACGCCUAACUUUAUGGCGCAACAACAACGGCAAAUUGCCUAAUAACAUCAUCGUCUACCGCGACGGUGUCUCUGAGGGGCAAUACGAAAUGGUCGUGACGGAAGAACUCCCGCAGCUCCGAAAAGCCUGCGACAAGAUGUACACCACCGCACUCAAACCUCGCAUCUCCGUUGUCAUCGUCGGCAAACGCCACAACACGCGCUUCUACGUCACCAACCCAGAUCAGGCCGACGAAAAGUCCAAAAACCCUCCCAACGGCACCGUCGUCGACCGUGGCAUCACCGAAGCCCGCAACUUCGACUUCUUCCUCCAGUCACACAAGGCCCUACAAGGCACCGCCCGGCCUGCCCACUACUUCACCGUCUACGACGAAAUCUUCCACGCGCAGAACCCGAAAUACCCAUGCAGAAACACCGCUGAUGUCCUGCAUGACCUGACCCAUCGGCUCUGCUACACCUUUGGCCGCGCCACCAAGGCAGUCAGCAUCUGCCCGCCCGCGUACUACGCAGAUCUGGUCUGCGAGCGUGCUCGCUGCUAUCUCUCGGAUAUCUUCGAUGCCCCGACGCCUGCGGCUAGCGAAGCUCCGGGUCCAGCGUCCAGUGACGCGGGCUCGGCGCCGUUGCCUGGUGCGGAUAGGGUGGUUAUUCAUCCGAAUAUCAAAAAUACGAUGUUCUACAUCUAGCCACCUACCCUCUCCUAACCUCCUACCCAACCAAUGAUCUCCAUCGAAACUGAUGUGAUAAUUUGAUGACUAUUUUGGAUAACACCCAACAAUUACAAGACUUGGAAUACGUCAGACUAGAAUAGUCAACAUUUUGAUGAACUUAUGAUGAACUUAUAAUUAACGAAGUAACGCUUUAAUUCAGUUUCGGUUUUUACUUUACUUUUUUGGAUGUUAUUGUUAUGAUUAGGAUAGUUACCAGAAUGCCUAACGAAUGAUUUCGUUAUACCUCUUGCAUAUCUACCG